AUGGCGAUCAGUUACUUCUUUCCUCUGCUUCUUUCUCUUAUUACCAUCUCCUCUGUUUCAGCUAAUUUCCAAAGAGACGUUGAGAUCACUUGGGGAGAUGGUCGUGGACAGAUCAAGAACAAUGGAGAUCUUCUCACUUUAUCUCUCGACAAAUCCUCUGGCUCUGGAUUCCAAUCCAAAAACGAGUACUUGUUUGGUAAGAUCGGCAUGCAAAUGAAACUCGUACCCGGAAACUCCGCAGGAACAGUCACCACACUCUACUUGAAAUCGCCUGGAACAACAUGGGACGAGAUUGACUUCGAGUUUCUAGGGAAUUCAAGUGGAGAUCCUUACACACUUCACACUAAUGUCUACACACAAGGCAAAGGAGACAAAGAACAACAAUUCAAACUCUGGUUCGAUCCAACUGCUGAUUUCCACACUUACACCAUUCUUUGGAACCCACAAAGAAUCAUUUUCACCGUCGAUGGAACUCCCAUUAGAGAGUUCAAGAACAUGGAAUCUAUUGGCACUCUGUUUCCCAAGAACAAACCAAUGAGGAUGUACUCUAGUCUCUGGAACGCAGAUGAUUGGGCAACCAGAGGCGGUUUGGUCAAAACAGAUUGGUCUAAAGCUCCUUUCACUGCUUCGUACCGUGGUUUCAACCAAGAAGCUUGUGUUUGGUCUAACGGCAAGUCUUCUUGUCCUAAUGGCUCAAAAAAGGGAACCACUGGCUCGUGGUUGUCCCAAGAGCUUGACUCAACGGCUCAACAAAGGAUGAGAUGGGUGCAGAGAAACUACAUGAUCUAUAACUAUUGUACCGAUUCAAAGAGAUUCCCUCAAGGUCUUCCUAAAGAGUGCUUAGCUGCGUAG